UGAGAUCUGUUGAGAGUUCCCCGAAUCGACAUCAGCCGGUGCAACCUGCUGCUCUGUUCUUCAGUUUGCCUAGUCGUUAGGUGAAGCAUGUUUAGCACGACACUAUUAGCCGGUCUCGAACCGCACCGGGAGCGUAUCGGACAGGCAGCCGGCUUGCUCACGGUGGCUCAGUACGUAGCAGGAUGGUUCAUUUGUAAUGACAUUCGGCAACGUGGAACAACUGUUGGUGUUUCACCGGUUCGUUUCAUUGGUGGAUGCGGACUCUCCAUUCUUCAACUGCAGUAUUCUCAGAAGCUUCAAGCUCCGGCACUAAUCUGGACGAGUAUUAUUACAUUAACUUUUUCAAUACUUUACUCCCUUUGGUACUGUUGGUACACUCCGCGCAAUUUGAGAGGCUCGUUUUAUAGACUAACGGCUGGUACAGCCACACUUACCGCAGGUCUGUACGCAUACGGUGCCCAGGGAGACAGUCCCGAAGUUAUGUACCGGCUAGGGAUGGUUCUGACAAUACUGGCACUCGCUUUCAUUGCGCUACCGCUGGCUCAGUUGCGUUCAAUUAUUCGCGCCAAAAGUAGUGCAGGUUUGCCACUGCCCGCAAUUCUCGCCUCCACCGGCGCUACUAUCCUGUGGCUUCUUUAUGGACUGCUCAUCAACAACACGUUCAUUGUGGUCCAGAAAAUCAUAGCCAUGGGCUUGUGUAUGGUCCAGCUAUCGUUGUUUAUCAUUUAUCCCGCUACCAAAGCUGAUGAGAAAAAAAAGCAGCGUUAA